UAUUAACAAAGGCCAUAGAGUCCUAACUGGCCUAAAGUCGGUGUUGGCGAAGACGAUAAACAUUUGUUUUCUUUCUUGCACAAGGUUUCUGAAACAGUUGGUGUUGGCGAAGACCAUAAACAUUUGUUUUCUUUCUUGCACAAGGUUUCUGAAACAGUUGGUGUUGGCGAAGACGAUAAACAUUUGUUUUCUUUCUUGCACAAGGUUUCUGAAACAGUUGGUGUUGGCGAAGACCAUAAACAUUUGUUUUCUUUCUUGCACAAGGUUUCUGAAACAGAGAAUUGGUCAUAAUAAGCGUUUUCUCUCUCUCUCUCUCUCUCUCUCUCUCUCUUCUUCAGACUGAAAAUUCAGAAGAGCCCUGAAGACUUUUUCGACUGAGCCAACUCGGUUGCAACUCAAUGGACCAAAAAAGCUCUGCUUGUGCUUGCAAUUCUAAAACGGUACUGCUUCGCCAUACCAGACGUUUAGAGGGUGUGAGAUUGUUUUGGAUUGAGGAGGAAUUUUGGAGAUGGCACAUAUGGGUGGAGGUGCUGAAGCACAUGCCAGGGAGAAGCAAUAUGAGUAUCGAGCUAACUCGAGUCUGGUCUUAACCACUGAAUCUCAUGAUACCCGUGAGGCUAUGGGUGAGGCUGAAUCUCUAUGGGGAAAGAUUGACCCCAAGAGCUUUGGUGACAGAGCAUACCGAGGAAAACCCUCAGAAUUGGAUGAGAAGUUUAAGAAUUCGAAGAGGAAGGAGGAGAAGGAGGAGUGUGACCCGUUUUUUGAGCCUUCACCUAGUCACCAGAGCAAGCGUCACCGCCUUCAAGAAGAGAGUGUAUUGAAUUUAUUUGAGGAAGGCGUUUACCAGCCCAAGACGAGGGAGACGAGGGUUGCCUAUGAGGCUAUGCUUGGUGUGAUUCAGCAACAAUUGGGUGGGCAGCCGCUUAGUGUUGUUAGUGAUGCUGCCGAUGAGAUAUUGGCUUUACUUAAGAAUGAGACGCUUAGGAACCAUGAUAAGAAGAAGGAGAUUGAGAAGCUUUUGAAUUCUGUACCGAAUGCUGUUUUUGAUCAGUUGGUAUCGAUUGGAAGGCUUAUUACGGAUUACCAAGAUGGGGGUGGUGAUGUGGCUGGGAAUACCGGUGAUGAUGAUGUGGGUGUUGCAGUUGAUUUUGGGGUGGAGGAUGAGGAUAGCGAUCUUGAUAUGGUACAGGAGGAUGAAGAGGAGGACAAUGAUGUGGUGGAAGCUUAUGUUUCUGGGGCUAUGCAAAUGGGGUUUGCAAUUGAUGAUGAUAUGAGCCUUAAUGCUCUAAGCAUUGGUGCUUAUUGGCUUCAAGGGAAGAUCUCUGAAGCAUUUGAAAAAGAGAUUGAUCCACAACAAUGCCAGAAGCUUGCAGAAGAUGCGCUUAAGAUACUCGCUGAUGGUGAUGACAGUGAAGUUGAAUCAAAGCUGCUGGUGGUUCUCCAGUUUGAUAAAUUUAGUCUUAUUAAGUUUCUUUUGAGGAACCGGCUGAGGAUUGUUUGGUGUACCCGUUUGGCAAGGGCUGGAGACGAAGAACAGAAGAAGAAGAUUGAGGAGGAAAUGAUGGGAAUGGGACCGGAAUUUGCUGCAAUUGUGGAUCAGUUGCAUCCCACAAGAGCUAGUGCAAAAGAAAGGCAAAAGAACUUGGAGAAGAGUACUAAAGAAGAGGUUCAAACAUUGAAGGAUGUGAGUGGUGAAGAUGAGGACAGAGGCAAGAAAGGGGUUGUUGAUAGAGAUGCAGACAGUGGUUGGGGCCAGCGCCAGUUGCUUGAUCUUGAUAGUAUUGCUUUUGAACAAGGUGGUUGUUUGGUGUCCGAAAAAAAGACUGAGCUUCCGGAUGGGUCUUAUAGGCAUUCUAGCAAGGGAUAUGUAGAAAUUUAUGUGCCCGCAUUAAAGCCAAAACCAUUUGAUCCAAAUGAGAAACUUAUAAAAGUAUCUGACAUGCCAGACUUGGCACAACCAGCUUUUCAAGGAAUGAAGGAGUUGAACAGGGUACAAAGUAGAGUCUAUGAGACAGCCCUUUUUAAAGCUGACAAUAUCCUCUUAUGUGCUCCCACUGGGGCAGGGAAAACUAAUGUUGCAGUGCUCACCAUACUUCAGCAGAUAUUACUUAACAGGAAUUCAGAUGGCUCAUUUAACCAUAAUGAUUAUAAGAUUGUAUAUGUGGCACCUAUGAAAGCUCUUGUUGCUGAAGUUGUCAGCAAUUUAUCCUAUCGUUUGCAAUAUUAUGAUGUCAAUGUCAGGGAGCUAAGUGGAGACCAGUCACUAACUCGCCAACAACUUGAAGAAACUCAAAUUAUUGUCACAACUCCUGAGAAGUGGGAUAUCAUUACGAGGAAGUCAGGUGACCAUACUUAUACACAGCUUGUGAAACUUCUUAUCAUUGAUGAGAUUCAUCUUCUUCAUGAUAACAGAGGACCUGUGCUUGAAAGUAUUGUAGCUAGAACUGUUAGACAGAUUGAAACUACAAAAGUGCAUAUUCGGUUGGUUGGGCUAUCUGCUACAUUACCUAACUAUGAAGAUGUGGCAAAAUUCUUACAGGUUGAUUUGAAGAAAGGAUUGUUCCACUUUGACAAUAGUUACAGACCUGUCCCUCUUUCUCAGAAGUAUAUUGGAAUCACAGUAAAGAAGCCACUGCAAAGGUUCCAGUUGAUGAAUGAUGUCUGUUACGAAGAGGUAAUAGCUGUAGCAGGAAAGCAUCAAGUCCUUAUUUUUGUCCAUUCGAGGAAAGAAACAGCCAAAACAGCUCGUGCCAUACGGGAUAUUGCUCUUGCUAAUGAUACUCUUGGUAGAUUUUUGAAAGAGGACAGUGCAAGUCGUGAGAUUCUCCGUUCUCAAAUAGAUCUGGUCAUGAGCAAUGACCUUAAAGAUCUUUUGCCAUAUGGUUUUGCAGUUCAUCAUGCUGGGUUGACAAGGGCUGACCGCCAGCUUGUUGAGGAAUUAUUUUCUUAUGGGCAUGUGCAAGUUUUGAUUUCUACUGCAACACUUGCUUGGGGUGUGAAUUUGCCAGCUCACUCAGUGAUUAUUAAAGGGACCCAGAUCUAUAAUCCAGAAAAGGGAGCUUGGACUGAACUUAGUCCUCUGGAUGUUAUGCAGAUGCUGGGUCGCGCAGGAAGGCCCCAGUAUGAUUCUUAUGGGGAGGGCAUAAUCAUUACUGGUCAUAGUGAACUACAAUAUUAUCUUUCACUAAUGAAUCAACAGCUCCCCAUUGAAAGUCAGUUUGUGUCCAAAUUGGCUGAUCAAUUGAAUGCAGAAAUUGUUCUUGGAACUAUUCAAAAUGCUAGGGAAGCCUUUAAUUGGCUUGGGUACACUUACUUGUAUGUCCGAAUGUUGCGGAACCCUACACUAUAUGGUUUAGCACCUGAUGCUCUCGCAAGAGAUAGGGAUUUGGAGGAGAGGAGGGCUGAUUUGAUCCAUUCUGCUGCAACCAUAUUGAACAAAAAUAAUUUGGUGAAGUAUGAUAGAAAAAGUGGAUAUUUCCAGGUCACGGACUUGGGUCGCAUUGCUAGCUACUAUUAUAUUACUCAUGGGACUAUAUCCACGUAUAACGAGCAUUUGAAGCCCACUAUGGGUGAUAUAGAGCUUUGUCGGUUGUUCUCACUCAGUGAAGAAUUCAAAUAUGUUACAGUGCGACAAGAUGAGAAGAUGGAACUCGCAAAGCUUUUAGAUCGUGUUCCCAUUCCUAUCAAGGAAAGCUUGGAAGAGCCUAGUGCCAAGAUUAACGUUUUGCUGCAAGCAUAUAUUUCACAGUUGAGGCUUGAAGGCCUUUCAUUAACAUCUGACAUGGUGUUUAUAACUCAGAGUGCAGGACGUCUCCUGCGAGCUCUUUUUGAGAUUGUCUUGAAACGUGGAUGGGCUCAAUUGGCUGAGAAGGCUUUGAACUUAUGCAAAAUUGUUGACAAGAGGAUGUGGAGUGUUCAAACACCUAUUCGCCAAUUCCAUGGAAUUCCAAGUGAUAUUUUGAUGAAGUUGGAGAAGAAGGAUUUGGCCUGGGACAGGUAUUACGACCUUUCAUCUCAGGAGAUAGGGGAGCUUAUUCGCAUUCCAAAGAUGGGAAGAAAGCUGCAUAAAUUAAUCCAUCAAUUCCCCAAUCUUAAACUUGCAGCAUACGUUCAGCCAAUCACUCACACAGUUUUGAGGAUUGAGCUGACAAUUACAGCGGACUUUCAGUGGGAGGACAAAGUUCAUGGAUAUGUGGAACCAUUUUGGGUAAUUGUGGAGGAUAAUGGUGGUGAAUAUAUUCUUCAUCAUGAGUAUUUUAUGCUGAAGAAGCAGUGUAUUGAUGAAGAUCACGCUUUGAAUUUAACAGUGCCAAUUUAUGAACCGUUGCCGCCUCAGUACUUCAUCCGUGUUGUGUCAGAUAGAUGGCUUGGGUCACAAACUGUUUUACCUGUAUCUUUCAGGCACCUCAUCCUGCCAGAAAAGUAUCCUCCACCGACAGAGCUAUUGGACUUGCAACCACUGCCUGUGACAGCCUUAAGGAAUCCAACUUAUGAAGCUCUUUAUAAGGAAAUCAAGCAUUUUAAUCCUGUUCAAACUCAGGUAUUUGCUGCUUUGUAUAAUACGGAUGACAAUAUCUUGGUUGCUGCACCAACUGGAAGUGGCAAGACCAUAUGUGCUGAGUUUGCUAUUUUAAGGAAUUUUCAAAAAGGAGCUGACAGUGUUAUGCGUGUUGUGUAUAUUGCGCCCCUUGAAGCACUAGCUAAGGAACGCUAUUGUGAUUGGGAGAGGAAGUUUGGUAACAGUGGUCUUAAAAUGCAGGUGGUUGAAUUAACAGGGGAUUCAGCUACAGAUUUGAAACUUGUGGAGAGUGGUCAGAUAAUAAUCAGCACUCCAGAGAAAUGGGAUGCUUUGUCACGUCGCUGGAAACAGAGGAAACAAGUUCAACAGGUUAGCCUCUUCAUCGUUGAUGAACUCCACUUGAUUGGGGGUCAAGGUGGUCCCAUCUUGGAGGCGGUGGUUUCCAGGAUGAGAUAUAUUGCAAGUCAUGUUGAGAACAAGAUUCGUCUUGUGGCUCUUUCAACUUCUCUUGCAAAUGCAAAGGAUCUUGGGGAAUGGAUUGGUGCUACCAGUCAUGGCCUUUUCAACUUUCCUCCUGGCAUCCGUCCAUUGCCAUUGGAAAUACACAUUCAAGGGGUGGAUAUAGCUAAUUUUGAAGCAAGGAUGCAAGCAAUGACGAAAUCAACAUACACUGCAAUUGUUCAACAUGCCAAAAAUGGGAAGCCUGCUCUUAUUUUUGUUCCAACAAGGAAGCAUGUCCAACUCACUGCUGUGGAUCUGAUGACAUACUCAGAUGUGGAUGAUGGUGAGAAGAAGCAAUUUUUAUUGCAGACCCCUGAAGAACUCAAGCCUUUCAUUGACAAAAUUAAAGAUGAAAUGUUGAAAGCCACUUUAUGUCAUGGAGUGGGCUACUUGCAUGAGGGUUUAACUAAUUUGGAUCAAGAAGUUGUGUCACAGCUGUUUGAGGCUGGGUGGAUUCAGGUCUGUGUCAUGAGCAGUUCAAUGUGUUGGGGAGUUCCGUUGUCGGCCCAUUUGGUGGUGGUGAUGGGUACACAAUAUUAUGAUGGUCUGGAAACUGCUCACAUUGAUUACCCAGUUACUGAUCUGUUGCAAAUGAUGGGUCAUGCCAAUCAACCUUUGUUAGAUAAUUCUGGUAAAUGUGUCAUCCUUUGCUGUGCGCCUCGCAAAGAGUACUACAAGAAGUUCUUGUAUGAAGCAUUCCCAGUUGAAAGCCAUUUGCACCACUUUUUACAUGAUAAUUUGAAUGCUGAAAUUGUUGCUGGAGUUAUUGAGAACAAGCAAGAUGCUGUGGAUUAUCUUACAUGGACAUUUAUGUACAGGAGGCUCACACAAAAUCCCAACUAUUACAAUCUUCAGGGAGUUAGUCAUAGGCAUCUUUCUGAUCACCUGUCAGAGCUUGUAGAGAACACAUUGAAUGAUUUGGAAGUGAGUAAGUGCGUUGCUAUUAAGGAUGAUAUGGACCUUUCUCCUUCAAAUCUGGGCCUGAUAGCUUCAUAUUAUUACAUCAAUUACACUACUAUAGAAUGUUUCAGUUCUUUGACUUCCAAAACAAAGAUGAAAGGUCUUCUGGAGAUCCUGGCUUCAGCUACAGAGUAUGCACAACUUCCUAUACGACCUGGGGAGGAAGAGGUGGUUCAGAGGUUGAUUACUCACCUGAGGUUUUCAUUUGAAAAUCCCAAAUGCACAAGUCCACAUGUGAAAGCUAAUGCACUUCUUCAGGCCCAUUUUGCAAGGCAAACUGUGGGUGGGAACCUAGCAUUGGACCAACGUGAGGUGCUUCUUUCUGCAAGUAGAUUGCUUCUGUCAAUGGUUGAUGUUAUUUCUAGCAAUGGCUGGCUGAGCCUUUCCCUUCUUGCAAUGGAAGUCUGCCAAAUGGUGACACAGGGCAUGUGGGAGCGUGAUUCCAUGCUUUUACAGCUUCCCCACUUCACAAAGGAGUUGGCCAAGAAAUGCGAAGAAUACCCUGGAAAGAAUAUCGAGACUGUUUUUGAUUUUGCAGAGAUGGAGGACGAUGAGAGGCGUAAGCUGCUGCAGAUGUCAGAUGAACAGUUGCUGGAUAUUGCACGAUUUUGCAAUCGGUUUCCCAAUAUUGAUAUGACAUAUGAAGUGCUUGAGAAUGGAAAUGUGAGAGCUGGGGAGCACAUCACACUGCAAGUCACUCUUGAGCGGGAUCUUGAGGGAAGGACAGAGGUGGGACCUGUUGAUGCUCCCAGGUAUCCCAAGACCAUAGAAGAAGGGUGGUGGCUUGUUGUUGGUGAUACCAAAAGUAACCAGUUGCUUGCCAUCAAGAGAGUCUCCCUGCAAAGGAAUGCAAAAGUUAAGCUUAAAUUUGCUGCCCCUGCAGAUGCUGGAGAGAAGCAAUAUAACCUCUAUUUCAUGUGUGAUUCAUAUAUGGGCUGUGACCAGGAGUGUAGCUUCAGUGUUGAUAUCAAAGAAUCAGCAGGCCCUGAUGAAGACAGUGGAAGAAAAUGACCAGGUCAUCAUUUUUAUUUGCUUUUAAUCCCUAGUUAUUUUUCCUUUGUGAUAUCUUGAACAUUGUGAGACGGUGCUGUUAUGUUAUUUGAUAAUGACAAGCCAAAUACCUUUGCAUGUUUUGAAGCAACUGGAUCUUAGCUAAUAGAUAAAUGUCUCUGCUAGCUUGUGUCUAAUUAUUAUUUAUGGUUUGGGGAAAACUGAUUAACUCCUGCUGUAGUUUUAUCUGUGCUUUAUUUGGUUGAAUUGAGAACAGGUGAUGGGUAUUUUUAUUA